AUGUCCACCCUCAUCACCCACUCCGCGGCAUCCUCUGUCUCUCCAACCUCCGAGGCGACUCCGGAUUCUAUGAUAUUCUUAUCCCCGACUCCUGUUAUUGAUAAUCUCGGGUCCCCGCUCCCACAUGGCAUGGCACCUCUGAGUCCAAAGCCUGCGGAGGGAGACACCAUUCUGCACCAGAACGCUCACGAAGAUGGCCACACGAACGGGGCACAAGAACACAUUCAAACAUCACCCAAUGUAAACGGCACCACUCUCAUCACUCCUCCCGAAACGACUUCCAAUCUUGCGAACACGUCUCCCACCAUUCAACUCAAGUCCUACACUGCCCACCACCCUUUUGUUCCUGUUCCGAAACCGCUGUCCUUGCCCAAACCAUAUACGAGCCAUCACAAAGGCGCAAAAUCUAUAGACAUUCCUAGACAGACCAUCAUGAAAGCACUAGCAUCCCGGAGUCCAAGUAAUGGUGCGACCACCGCACCACUUGGAGGACCAAAUUCGCUCAAGGGGCUCAUGAUGGAUGCUGGACUGGAACCAGCCAACGGAACGUCUCCAUCGUUAUGCCAGACGGCCACCUUCAGUCGCUCCAACGGUGUCCCAGUCCUGUCGCCUUCCUCGACCAGUUUUUUGAGAUCGCCCUGUUUCUUCCAUCAACGGUUUGAAGGGUUGGUAGACAUACAAAAAGUUCUAGAUGAGAUCUCAGAAGACGACUUUUCACACUCCCGUCUCAUGCAGACUGCAACUGGGGUGCGGGAGGUUUCCAAGCAGUUACAGCGUCGACCGCUGAAGCGUGCGGUGCGCAACAUCAUGAUUGUGACAAAAGCGCGAGACAAUGGGUUAGUGCACAAGACACGAGAUUUGGCUGAGUGGCUACUAUCUACCCCCCGCUACGGCAACGAUCUCGGCGUCAAUGUCUAUGUCGACGCCAAGUUGAGACAUUCUAAGAGGUUCGAUUCUGCAGGCCUGUUGAAGAAGCAGCCUGCGUUCCAGUCAAUGCUCAAGUACUGGACCCCAGACCUGUGUUGGUCAUCGCCAGAAAAGUUUGAUCUUGUCCUUACUUUGGGCGGUGAUGGCACCGUCCUCUUCACCUCAUGGCUGUUUCAACGAGUCGUGCCACCGGUUCUGUCUUUCUCUCUGGGCAGCCUGGGCUUUCUCACCAACUUUGAAUUCACCAAGUAUAAAGAGCAUCUGGACAGCAUCAUGGGCGAUGCGGGAAUGCGGGUUAACCUCCGGAUGCGAUUCACAUGUACUGUCUGGAGGGCCGAUACCUCAUCCGGCGCAUCCAAAGGUGCCGUGGAAGAAGGCGAGCAGUUUGAAGUCCUAAACGAGUUGGUUAUUGACCGAGGCCCGUCCGCCUACGUUUCAAACUUGGAACUGUACGGCGAUGGCGAGCUUCUCACCAUUGUCCAGGCCGAUGGCUGCAUCUUUUCCACCCCAACUGGCUCCACGGCCUACUCACUUUCUGCUGGCGGCUCGUUGAUCCAUCCGUCGAUUCCUGCCAUCCUUUUGACUCCCAUCUGCCCGCAUACGUUGUCAUUCCGACCCAUGGUUUUGUCUGACACCCUAGCGUUGCGAAUUGCCGUUCCAGCCAAGUCUCGCUCCUCGGCUUACUGCUCCUUUGACGGCAAGGGCCGAAUCGAGCUGAAGCAAGGAGAUUAUGUCACUCUGGAGGCCUCGCAGUACCCGCUUCCCACCGUCAUGACCGGAACCAAUGAGUGGGUAGAAAGUGUACAGAGAGCCCUGAGAUGGAAUGUGCGAGGAGCCGUCCAGAAAGGUUGGGACGAAGGCGAGGAAGAGGAUGAGCAGAGUGACGGAAAAUGGGACAUUGACAUUGACUCAAGUCCCCUCGGUGGUACAGACAGCGGGAUCGGGCCCAGUGAAGAUGGCGAUCCCGGAACCGCCAGUCCCACGAGACGCCAGAUGAGUCUCUUGAAUAUGUAA